AGAUAGGGAAAUCGAUUGGGUUUUUUCUUAGAAUGGCCGUAGGGAUUAUGAACAUUUUGCAAUUCAUGUUUUUGGUGAUCGAGGAGGAAAAAUCCAGUGGCAUAGCGAGUACAAUGUGUUAUCUCCUAGAGUUUCUUAGCAUGUUCUUAAUUAAUGCGGUCAGUAAAACUGGAGUUCUCUUCCUGUAAACUGAGAGUCUGAUUCUUCCUGUUCUUUUAUGUUGUUCUGCAAAAGAAACAGAGUCUAAAGAAAGAAAAAUCCGACCUUCUCUUUUUAAGAAUGGCAGUAGGGAUCAUGAAUAUUUGUAUACGUAUGUUCUUGGUGAUCAAAGCGACAAAGAUCAAGUUGUCCAGGGUAAAAGGUUACUGAUAUAUCAUAGGGGAAUUGUUCCUUGGAUGUUUCUUAAUCAAUGCUGUCACAAAACUUGUCUUUUUUUUCCCUUGAAGUAAGAUUUUCUGAUGCUUUUAGCAGGCAGAAUUUCUGAUAAAGAGAAAAAAAAUCCAACCUUCUCUUUUCUCGGAAUUACAGAAGGAAUCAUGAACAUUUUGUAUUGCAUGUUCUAAUGAUCAUGAUCAGGGUGGAAAGAACCAUUAGCUUGUGCAGCACAGAUGAAUGUUUCCUUAGAAGUUCUUAGCGAACGCAUUCAAUCAACCUGAGAUUCUCUGCUUCAUUCCUGUCUCUGUUUCGCAUUCGAAAAUUUUCGCUGGUUAACUGCUAAGGCAGUCCAAGCUUUUCCGGUGGCUCUGAUUUAUUUCCUUUAAACGAUAUUAUUUUCCAACUUUCUCGAUUUAACUUAUGGGAUUUCAUCGGUUUUUAAUUAUUUUUACUGUCGCCGAGAUCACGAGGAUAAUAGUAAAGCUCUCGACCUUAUCGGAUUCCAUCACCUUCAGCCAUUUUUACGGUCUCCAGAAUCAAAGCUUUUCACCUCACGGCCGUGCAUGUUUGACAACCAUCUGAAACAGAGUUCAGAACUCACGCUGCCGUGGGGCUGCUUGCUGUCCUCCUGGCGAACAUUAUUCACCAGCGCAGCGUCGUACGUUCACAUGGCGAUCUAACGCGGGUUUCUUUUUCUUUUACCUUUGACGAUGAGCGGAACAUGCUGUAAAACCUCGGGCCUCGCGACAUGCUCUACGGUACGAAGGGCCACAACAAAGCGGUCUCUGUGGCUACGCAUCUCAGCGCGAUGGCGACGACGACUGCGACGACAGCGAGCUAUCACGCCUCGUGUCGGUCGUCCACAUGCCCGCCUUGGCUACAAGCGGCGCUUGCAGAUAUAGAGCAAAGGGUGCAAUCACUUGCGGUGAAUAUACCGGACGACCCGGAAUCGGACUCGUUUGCGGAGCGGGCGGAGAACUACUACCAGAAGCGGCCUCAACUCAUCGCCCUCCUUCACGACCUCCACCACCGCUACCUCUACCUGGCCGACCGCUACGCCCAGUCUCUACUCUACCGCCACCACCGUCGCACCUCCUCCGUCCCCUCCGACCUCGACGCCGAUGAAGACACCGACCUCCCGGACUCCACUUGCUCCGACGCCGAGAGCUCCCUCUCCUUCCAAACCUUACCCGCUCAGCCCCGUCCGCAGUUCCAAGGUCCGAACCCCGCCGUCGCGGCCGCCGAUCUAGACAUGAUCAUGGCGGAGCUGGUGCUGGCAGCGGUGGAGCGGGACCUUGUGGAGGCGGAGGGGGCGGAGGUGGAGCGACGGUUGGCGGAGUCGGCGCGCAAGAUCGAGCUGCAGGGGAGCUUGGUUGAAGUGCUCGAGGCAGAGCGGAUGGUGCUGCUGGGUGAGAACGCUCGGCUAGGGUUCCGGGCGGCGGCCGCGGAGGAGGAGGCGCGGGCAGUGGCUGCGGAGUUGGGGUACAUGCGGCGGCGGGCGGGGGAGCUGGCGCGGGCAGUGGUGAAGCUGCGGGAGGACCACCGGGUGUGCCUGCUGGGCCGGAGGAUCGAGGGCCUCCAGGCGCAAAUCUAUGGCCUGGAGCGGCGCAACCGGGAGUGCUUCGAGGCCAUGGCGAGGCGGGAGAAGGAGAAGGGGGAGGCGCGGGCGGAGGUGGACCGCCUCCGGGAGGAGAACCGCCGGCUGAGGCAGGAGGCGGAGGCGGCGCGGGCCAGGCGGCGAUCGGGCCGGAGCUGGUGGGAGCGGGUGCGGCGGUUCGACUGGGCCCCAGCCUCGUGUGCGCCGCACGUGAGGGAAUCCAAGGUGCCCAAGAAUUGUUUCUACAUAUAAGAUAAAUGCACCUUCUUUUUUUCGUCUUCGUAUGUUUUUGUUUAUUUACGGUCCAAAAAUAUGGCUACGUGAAGGACAGCACAGAGUUGGUUGUAGAGAGUCCGUGGUAGUCACCUUGUACUAUGUUAUGAUAUUAUGGGUUGGACUAAACCUAUAAGUAUGGCAGUGUAUCUGAUGAUUGUCUC